AACACCACAGCUCCUUCCCUCAAUCAAAAUUUUCACUAAAUUCCCCUAAAAUGAUGGAAAUUUCCAUCAAUAAAAAAAGCCUUAUAACAAUUACUCUUCUUGUGGUUCUCGCCGGAGUUGUGCCAAAAUGUGCAAAGGGUGGAAGUUGUGACUGUGGCUCAGACCAAUGUUGCAGCCAAUAUGGCCAUUGCGGCUAUGGCGAUUCCUACUGCGGCUACGGCUGCCAAGCUGGCCCGUGUUACAACGGGACGUAUACCUACCAAUGCAACUGCGGUGACGGCUUGUGUUGCAGCCAAUACGGUUAUUGUGGCUCUGGCGAAGCCUAUUGUGGCUCUGGUUGCCAAGCCGGGCCUUGUUACAAUGGCACUUAUAACCCUUCACCUUCUGAGUACUGCAACUGCGCUGAGACUCAUUGUUGCAGUCAAUAUGGGUAUUGUGGCUCUAGUGAUGCAUAUUGUGGCUAUGGCUGCCAGUCAGGUCCUUGCUCUUCAUCGUCAAACCCUAAUAAUGUUUCUAUAGAAGCAGUUGUGACAUCUCGGUUUUUCUAUGGCAUUGCUGGGCAGGCAUCGGAUAGUUGUCCUGGGAAAGGGUUUUAUACAAGAAAUGCAUUCCUCUAUGCCACUGAAUCCUUUCCUUAUUAUGGUAGAGUUGGUACUUACACCGAUUCUUUGCGUGAAGUUGCUGCUUCUUUUGCUCAUUUCAGUUAUGAAACUGGAAACUUUUGCUGUAUAGAAGAGCCGCACGGUGCCUCUAUAGACUACUGUGACGAAAGCUAUACAGACUACUCUUGUGUUAAAGGCCAGUGCUACUACGGCCGAGGCCCCAUUCAACUACAAUGGAAUUACAAUUACGGUGAAGCCGGCGACGAAAUUGGGUUUGACGGAUUAUCCAAUCCUUCAACCGUCGCAAAAGACAACGUAGUAUCUUUCAAAACUGCCAUAUGGUACUGGGUUACUCGCCUUCAGCCAAAAUUAACGAAAGGUUUUGGGGCUACAAUAAAAGCCUUUAAGCCUUCAGAGUGCAAUGGAGGAAACCCUAGUGCCGUUAGGGCUCGUGUUAACCUUUAUACUAAGUAUUGCGACGAACUUGGUGUUGAUCCUGGAGAUUAUCUCUAUUGUUAGCCUGAGGUAAAAAUAAUGUGUCCUCUCAAGAUUGAAGCAGGGUUAAAAUUUUGUCUUCGUAUAAUUAUUAACGAAUAAAGAGGACUAUUAACCUGGCAAUACCAAUUCCCGAGUUAUUAUUUUAUAACACAAGAAGUGGAGACUUGUUCUUUAA